AUGAAGUACAGUCAUCUAUUCACCUUGCUCCCACAUUUUUGUACAACGUUUGCAAAGGACGAGUUGAGCGAUACCUCCCCACCAAGGUGCGCGCCUGAUCAGUUCAAAAUACCGGACAUCAGUCAUGGAGUGAGGGUCCUCUCGAUAGAGGCAAAGCCACGAUACAACUACCCCAGGUUCUCAGAGACUUCGCGACUGCCUACUACAACCGAGUUUAGCUUCUGCCAAGUCACAAUAUACCUUACCCAUCAUACAACGGACGACAUUCUACUCGGCAACAAAAGCAAUAAAGACAAAGUUCUGGUGGAAGUAUGGCUACCCCUGGCGCUCGAUGCCUGGAAUGGUCGGCUCCAAGCAACCGGUGGAGCGGCCUUCGCGACCGGAGUGUUCGAUACGCAGCUCGGCGUUGCAGUUCAGAAUGGCUGGGCUGCAGUAUCUACAGACGGUGGUCAUGAUGCAGAUCCAGCUAAGCGGACGGACGCUUCGUGGGCACUGAAUGAAGAUAAAAGUAUCAACUGGAACCUGCUACACAACUUUGCCUCACGAAGUAGCGUCGAGCAGAUCCUCGUCGGCAAAAGCAUUACACAACAGUACUAUGGAAAGCAGCCACAUCACACGUAUUGGAAUGGAUGCUCAACCGGUGGCCGCCAAGGAUAUGCAAUCGCGCAGAGACAUCCGCAUUUGGUGGACGGUAUUCUUGCAAAUGCGCCGGCAAUCAGCUUUACGCAUCUAGUGACUGGAGAAUUCUGGCCUCAGCUGAGGAUGAAGAUGACGAAUACGUAUAUGUCGAAGUGCGAGCUGGACUAUUAUCGAGCCAAGGCCAUCGAGCAUUGCGAUAUGUUGGAUGGAGUUCGUGAUGGCAUUAUCGAGGACCCAGAAGAGUGCAAUUUCAAUCCAUAUCAUUUGGCGCAAGGCGAUGACAUAUUUGAUUGCGACGGAAGCCAAACCGAAUUCACCACAGAAAUGGCUCAGCUUGUGGACGAAAUUCAUCGCGGGCCUGGCAUAAGUCAGUAUGCACCUCUUUUCUAUGGUUUAACAUAUGGAGUCCCCAUGGACACGCUGGCGAAUAUUACGGUGUCCAAAGAUGGCGUGCGCUCCCAAAAUCCGUUCCCUAUCUCAGCGAGCUGGCUGAAGCAUAUCUUACUUCAAGAUCCCACGUUCAACUUGACCAACCUGGAUUUGCGUACAUACUUCGAUCUGUUCGGUCGAGCCAGCUUUGAGUUCGGCGGUCUAUUGAACACAGAUAACCCUGACCUAUCUGCAUUGCGGGCCUCAGGCACCAAGAUGAUUACGUGGCAUGGAAUCUACGAUCAAAUGAUACCAUACCAAAAUACUGUCGCGUAUCGGAAGAAGGUGGAAGGUAUCAUGGGCGGUACGCAUGAGGUCGACAACUACUAUCGGCUUUUCCUUGCACCUGGCGUUGAGCAUUGCGGAGGCGCCAACAGCAUCGGACCUGUACCGAAGGAUCCGCUCGCAGCGCUAGUGGAUUGGGUUGAAAACGAGGCACCGCCCGAGACUUUGGAAGCCGAGACCACCGCUUACUACGGGGAACCAGUGACAAGGGACCUGUGCGCUUGGCCCGCAAAGUCAAAGUACAUGGGUAUCAGUGAUGCAAAGAGGGCAUCGAGUUGGAGCUGCGUUGGCGAGACAACGAGGCCUCCUACAGCGAAUAAUCCAGUUGAUGGAGGUCGCGCGCAACAGAUACUAGGAGGGCUAAUGGAUCGAUUGGAAGGUCUCGGCUUAGGACUGAGUAUUGGCUAA